AGAGAGUAUCUGGUACAGUCAUGGCUUGUGGAAAGCAAGACGCUAGCUAUGAUCUGAGUCCUGGAACUCAGCAAAAAACACUCGUUGAGAAGAAUGACAAUGAUGUUGAUGCAGUGCUUCAGGUAGAGGGAGAGUCGUUCUUUGUGAAUCGCCAACGUUUGGCCAUGUUGAGUCCUUACUUCCGAGCUUUGUUCUUCGGUGGCGGCCUGGAGAGCACCAAGAGGCACAUCCAAAUACGAGGCUUGGGGGUGCAACAGUUUCGAACUCUGAUGGAUUUCACCAAGAACUUCAAACUGUCGCUGGAUUGCAAGAAUGUCCUUGAUAUUCUAGAGGUGGCUGACUUCCUCCAGCUCGACAGAGCGCGACUUCUCUGCUGUAAAUUUUUGGAAAGACAAUUGCAUCUCAGUAACUGUUUGGGCAUGAUGGCCUACGCCUGGCAGCUGGGCUGUCUGGAGCUUUACGCUGCAGCACGUGAGGUCGUCUUGACCCACCUUCCCGCAAUAGCUUCCGAGCAAGACCUCAUGUUCCUUUCCAAAGACGGUAUCGCCAACCUCCUCGCUAGCGACAACUUGAGCAUUCCAAGGGAAGACCUGGUCCUCGACCUGGCCCUUCGGUGGGCGACUUUCGAACCGGGUCGAGAAGCCGACUUCAUGCAGCUGGUGGGUCUGGUUAGGCCCGAGUGCUUGAGUCUUCCGUACCUCACCGAUCUUUUGUCUAAGAUCAACAGCUCGGACCCACGUGCCAAACUCAUUUGUAAGCUGAACGAGAACCUGCCUUGUAGCUGGACAGCUGGGAGGUCAGUCCCUAGGAGUCGCUCAAGAGAAACUCUGUUUGUUCUCGGCGGACCUCAUGAGCAGGACACACAGUUGCUGUAUCAGUUUCAUCCAUAUAGCGGAAGGUGGCAAUCCCAUCCACCCCUGCAGAAAAAAUGUCUUACUCAGUACUCUGUGGCUUCCGUAGAGGACAACAUAGUUGUGACCGGAGGCUACUUCAGGGACAUCUUGUGGUACAGCGUUGACUGGGUGAACAUCUACCAGUGCGGUACUGAGCGAUGGGUGGAUGGCCCGGCGCUUUGUAAGUCCAGGCACAGUCACUGCUCGGCAUCCAUCCAGCUCCAGUUGUUUGUGUUUGGCGGAAGUGUGGACGAGGGACCCGUGGCCGACGUGGAGAGGCUGAUGCUGGGAGCAGAGGAAUGGGAGAGCGUCAGCCCCAUGGUGUGCGCUGUGGAGAGAGCCGCCGUCACCACUUUGGGAUCUUGCAUCUACGUGGCCUGUGGUUUGGAUGAGAAUGGAGACGUGUACAGUGGAAUACAAAGAUAUAGGCCGGAGGUGGACCAGUGGGAUGUGGUGUCCUACUCGCCAUUCCCACGUUAUGAUCUACUCGCAACCGAGCUCAACGGUGCCCUCUAUCUACUGGGAGGUCAAGCUCUGCGCUUUGACGUCGACACUGACGAGUGGACCGUCCUUCAGGAGGAAUGUCUGGACAACAAAUUCUAUACAGGAUGCACCACGGUCAACGGACAGAUUUACAUACUGAGCGAGAGGAAGAUAAACAAAGCGUUCCCUAACAUGAUUCUGAUGGACCCUUACAUUGACACAUGCUUGGAGAUCGACGAUUCAAUACCCUGUCCAGUUCCCAUAAGAGGCUGCAUCACAUUGUGUGCGCGUCCUUACUAGAAACAUAAUGGUACCCAUUUGUAUUUAAUUUGUUGUGUUCGAUGUAAUAAGUGAAGUUUUUCCUCUCAUUCUUUGCUGUACGAUCCAAAGUAUUAAACAAAAAAGGGAAUAUCGUGGCCAGUCUGAACAUAAAAAAGCAUAUUCUAGCAUGAACACUGAAGCUAAAUAUGUGCUUUACGUGUUUAUUAUUAAAACAGUCACUGAAACAGUUU